ACAUCCCGUUAUGUAAGAGAGAUGACAGACAAAACGGAAAACGCUAACCCAUCAGAUGAAAGCAGCACUUGAGGUUGAUAUAUCAACCAGUGACAUAGAUACGAUGUAUAAGAGGAGAGAUAUCGAUGCAGAAAUCUCGGACAAGAUGAGAAGGUAUAAACAGGACAAGAAGAAAGGAAGACAAAGUAACGCGAAUCUGGAAAUCAAAUACAUUAAAAAGACUCGGCAUCAAUCACUUCCCAUGCUCUAAACUCGGCACAAUAACCGGUCCAUACUUAACCACCUGCCCAAACGACCCAUCCCCCUGCACCAUAAAAUCAAUAGCGAGAUUCAACUUCCCGUUGCCAGCGGGGAAGUGUAGACCACCGCCCUGCUGCCCAUACAUUGCAAGAGACAUCUGGCUACCGCCAAUAGAAUCCGGGUCAUAGGCGACGAUGGCCACGUAAUUCCGUCUACCCAUGAGCUUUUUAUGCUC